AUGGCGAAAUUCCCCCGAUACCUUUACGGAUUCCUCACCGCCGGUGCUCUCUUCUCAACCUGCACCUCGGCUAUCCCGUUCGUCAUCGGAGCGUCGCAACAAGCAGCACUGACAGACAACGCCGUGAACAAUGGUGAUCCAUUAAAAGACUUCAUUUCCGAUGUCGCCAAUGACAAAAAACCCACCUCACCCCCCACCACCUCUCCAUCAAUCCUUCGCCUCGCAUUCGACAUCCCCAACAGCAACAACAUCCACACCACCAGCGAUGCAGCCAUAGACAACCCCGCCGACGUCAACCACAAUGACAAUGACAAUCUCGCUGUCCUCGCCCGCCCCUCGUGGUUCACAUCCGUCCUCCUUGCCCGCCGUCUCCUCGCCCUCUCAACCACCGCCACUGUAUCAACCGUCUACCAACAAUCCUCCCGGCAUUCCCCCGCCGGCCUGCAAGGCACCCCCAUCACUCUCCCCGAAUACAUCGCCGACUGCAACUCCCUCGGGGGGGCGGGCAACCCUAUCUUGCUUGGCCUGUACGUCUCCACGACCUUCCAGAACGUCGCCUCUGGCUCCAACGUCAGCCUGGCGAUUGACUGGUGGUCGCAUCUCGACAAAACCAGCCCAUUAUACCCUGGUUUCCCGCCCAGCGCGGCUGGUCUUCCGCGCGUUUCGCUACUGGGCUACAUCGAGCGGGUUUCCGCCGAUACUGAAGAAAACAAAAACCAGAAAGGCGCGGUAGAGGAAUUCGAGCGCUGCUUCCUCGCCGCCCAUCCCGAUUCUAAGGCCUGGCUCCCAGGGAAUAAGGAUAGUCCGCACUCGGGCUUCUGGGCGCGGCUUGUCGUUACGCAGGCGUAUUGGAUUGGCGGCUUUGGUGAUAUACAGCAGAUUGGCUGGAUUAAUAUGACGGAGUGGAAGGGGAUAAGGGAGGAGAGUAGUCUGCCGGGGAUUGGCGAUGGGCGGGGAUGGGCGAGCGUGAGGCUGCCGGGGGAGGAGGCGUAG